AUGGCUGGUCACGAGCUUGUCGGGGUCCGAGGCUCGACUCAGAUACUAAUCAUUAAAACUGCAUUUACAAGCAUCCAUCGAGUAUACAGGAGGCGCUCUCGAGCUGAUAACCUCCCUGAUGGGGAUGGUACAGAGGAGAGAGGCGUUGUUCAGCCUCUACGGUAUUCAGAUUCCACCCAUAUUGAUAACACCGGUGACAACUGCAGCACCUGCACCGGCAGUAGGGAGGAAGAGAGACAGACUCCAGCACGUAGCCGAGGUAGAGCUAGGGGCAUCCAAGCUGAGAGCGGUCCUUCAGAGCCCAUUUUGAGUGAUGAUGAUGCAGAGACGAGCGACUUUGAGGAGGGAGCGAGUCAGCAUUCGGAGUCAUCUGAGAGUGAAGAUGAUGAUGCCGAGGAGGGCACUGGAGCAAAGAGUGGAGAUGAUGCCGGCUCAGGUUCUGGUUCAGAUUCAGAUAACGACGCUGACAGAGACAGUGCCCCAGAGUCUUCUCCUCUGAGAAAGAGGACGAAGAGGGCCUCUCGAGCUUGA